UCCCUUUACAAUUACAAGCCAGACCACACACACACACACACACACACACAGAGAGAAAGGGAAGGGAGAGGAGAGAAACAUGCAGUACUCUUGGUUGUUGAUAGUGCUGAAACUCUUACCUUUAAUCCAACCUUGUUUCUCUUCUGUGAGUCAAUAUUCAGUUACACAACAACAAGACGUCCCAGCAGCAUGCAACAUCCACUACCCAUUUGGAAUCCCCAACGUGUCUACACCGGAGCCAAUGCGCGGGUUCGAGAUACUAUGCAACUCCAGCAACCCCAGCAACCCAAUGAUGGUGCAGCUGGACAAUAACUUAGUUGAAGUCAAAAGCAUCUCAUCAGACGGCCAAAUCAGAGUCCUUCUUAAAACCUUUGCGUCCCGGUGCGCCAGAGGCUCCCUGGAGGAAAGCCAAGACCAAGGCAAAGAACCCAUAGUAAACCUGGAAAACACUCCUUACACCUUCUCUCACACCAUGAACAAGCUCAUCGUCGUCGGUUGCGAUGCGUUUGCUAUUAUCCUUGCUCCUGAUCACAGCACAGUCUCUACGGGCUGCACAUCCUUCUGUAUCUCAGAAGAUAGCAUCACUGACGGCGUGUGCGCCGGCGUGGGUUGUUGCCAGGCCAAGAUCCCUGCUGGUCUCAAGAUCAUCCCUUUGAAAUUCAUUAGCAUUCGCAACAUCACCGGCGCAGCGCCCAAAUUUAAAGCCCGGCCGGGGGUGGAUCCCAAAUACAAGAACUUGACAGGAGACGAGGAUUAUGGGGAGUGUAGCAAGGUGUUUGUAAUGGACCCAGACAAGUUCACGUUUUCAAGGCAGAAUCUCAGUAUUCAGAGGCAGAAUAUGAACGAGGAAGGCAUGGAGGUGGUGCUCGAUUGGUCCAUUGGUAAUAAGACAUGCGCGCAAGCCUGCUUUCCAGGGAAUAGCAACUGUGCCUGUGUCUCAAAGAAUAGCUACUGCAACAACUCCGUGGAAGGUGUAGGCUAUCGUUGCUAUUGCAGUGAUGGAUAUCGGGGCAAUCCAUACUUCAAAGAUGGAAAUGGGUGCAAAGAUAUUGAUGAAUGCGCUGAGGGACAGAGUGAUUGUGAGAGUAAAUGCACAAACACAGAAGGAGGGUAUGAAUGCAGUUGCCCUUUUGGGACCAAAGGUGAUGGUAGACGUAGACCAUCUGGAAGUGGCUGCAAGAGGUUACCGCCUCUUGAUAUAGUUCUCGGUGUGGGGUUAGCCUCUCUAAUCACCAUCUGCAUAAUAAGCUUCUGGUCAUACUGGGCAUUCAAGAAACACAAGAUCCGGAGAGGUAAACAGAAGUACUACCUUAAAAAUGGAGGCUUAUUGCUACAACAACACGUCUCUUCCCAAGUUGCGAUUGUUCGGAUAUUUAAGGUCAAAGAGCUUGAGCUCGCCACCGAUGGCUUCCAUGAAAGCCGAAUACUUGGCCAUGGAGGAUACGGAACCGUAUAUAAAGGAAUACUCCCCAACAAUCAACCAGUGGCCAUCAAGAGAUCAAAACUAGUAGACGAGAGCCAAAUUGAACCAUUCAUCAAUGAAGUUGUAAUCCUUUCUCAGGUCAAUCACCGGAACGUAGUUAAGCUCUUGGGCUGUUGUUUAGAGACUCAAGUCCCUUUGCUGGUCUACGAGUUUAUCUCCAAUGGAACACUCUUCCAGCAUCUUCACCCUGUGAGAACUUUAGCUACUUCUCCCAUGAACUGGGAAAUCCGUCUGAGAAUUGCAGUGGAAACCGCUGCAGCAUUAGCCUACUUGCAUGGAGUGGCUUCCACACCCAUCAUUCACCGGGACGUUAAGUCUUCAAACAUACUCGUGGAUGAGAACUACACUGCUAAAGUUGCGGAUUUUGGAGCUUCAAGACUUGUCCCUCAUAACAGGACUCAUGUCACAACAGUGGUGCAAGGGACACUUGGUUACUUAGACCCGGAAUAUUUCCACACUGGCAUACUGACUGAUAAGAGCGAUGUGUAUAGCUUUGGGGUGGUUCUUGUGGAGUUGCUGACCAGGGAGAAUCCAGUGUCAUUUGACAGGUUAAAAGAUGAUGGCAACUUGAUCUUUCAUUUUGUUACAUUAGUGGAGGAAAACAGGUUGAUUGAAGGGUUUGAUAAGGAGACUAUAGAAGAGGCUGGGAUAGUGCAGUUGCUAGCAGUGGCUCAGCUUGCAGAGAAAUGCUUGAAUGUUAAAGGGGAACAACGACCGGCAAUGGCAGAAGUUGCAGUUGAGCUUGAGGCCCUGAGAAGGCUCGCCAACCAGCAUUUUGUGCAAAAGGGGAAGGAUAUUAAAACUAGUCCUACAACAAGUUUGGCAUUCAGUGACAUGUCCACACAAGAUUCCAUGAAAAGCAUGGAAAGCCAUAUUCCAAGUGAAUCACAAUCAUCCGUUAGCCACAUUUACAGCUCUGGAAUCUAGUGUCAUUCUUUUCUAGACUUAUAUAUAUAUAUUGUAGCCCGGCCCUGUGCUAAAUUUUACGAUGAGUUGUACAAAUAAUCACAUAAAAUUGCAAGUCAAGGACUAUUGAAUA